UGUUACUACAGGUCGCAGAAACGCCUCUGAACAUGUCAGACGGCCUCGGAGAAUGUCUGGGCGAGCUCCUGGUGAACGUUGUCGGUAGAGCCAUCCUGACCGGCGCAGUCAUUGUCAUCGACAAGCAGAUAGUCCAACGACGGGAUGUGGUUAUACGAUGGGGCCGCCAGUUCCAGAACUGGUUUCCUCUGCCCGAAUGGAUGUUCAUAUUUGCCGAGAAUGAUCCGGGGAUGCCGGACACGGAUAUGCGGAUCCCCUGGGCAUUGGGCUUCAUGGUUGUUGGUCCAGGCUGUAUUGCCGGCCUUGUUUGGCUGGUGCUCAUCCUCUCGAAGCGGUGCUUGAGGUCGCGGAUACUCGCGAUGGAAGAUGGCCACUGUCGUGCUGCGUUAUCAAAGGGACAGCCUGGUCAACAGGAUCAAAAUGAGAGGAACUUGGGCUUGGAAGCGUCAACUCGGUCGGUCUGGGUUGGAUGAUGUGACAUAUCCAGGUACUUGAAACUGAAGAAACA